AGAGGGGGGUGGUGCACCGUGAGCGCGCCCGGUGGGUUGUGGGUACGGUGCCGGUGUGCAGGAAGUGCAGGCGGGAUGCUGCUGGCAGAAAAGCGCACCGCCGCUCCGUCCAUCUGCCGUAGACGCACAUGAUUAGUGGGAUGAGGAAUAAUCAGCUGCUGUGUCGUGGCACACACAUCAACAUGCAGGAGUCCGACACCAGCGAGCGCCUCCUCCUGUCCUGACAGCCCGGCGGAGCGGCGCGGAGGAGCGGGUCCGUGCACCGUGACGGAGACGACCGCUGUCCACGGCACCGACGGGUCCCAUCCGUCCCCGGACCCGGUGUGUCCCCGGACCGGAAAACAACCGACCCUGCCCUCGCCUACCUCUCUCUUUCUCUCUCUCUCUCUCCCCCCCGUGCUGACGCGUUGCCUGGAGGGAGACUGAUGCUUCGACCCUCGGUGCGUUACUGAGAUCACCUUUGCGGUUCACCUUGGAAAUAAGAAAAACGCAUGAAAGGUCGAUGGAUCGCAUGCCGCACAAACAAAUCAGCACUGACCCAUGUGGGGUCGAAGUGCAGCCUGGACCCUGUGUGGUACUUGCAGCCGGUCCAGGUUUACCUCCACAGCUUGCAAUCCGGGAGCCAGCUCUCAUCAGCCCGCCGGAGGUCAUCAGCAAACCAAAGUCUGGAUUGAGCCCCGUCCAGUCCCCGGUUCCACCCGUGAAAGUGACAGAACCGUCACAGUCAAGCCACACAAGCACUGGGUCCACUCCGACGCUGACGAGCAUAAGCCGGCCGAGACCGACCGCCCUCAGGACUAAACCUGCUCCGAAGCUGACCAGGAUCUCAGCGGACCCCUCCAAGGAAAUAGAUUUGAUCCCGGUUUACAUCCCAGGACCUCAGAGUGCCAACGUCCUGCCACAGACUGAGUCCUCCCUCCCGCUCCACAGUCCUCAGAGUCCCCAUAGUCCCCACAGUCCCCACAGUCCCCACAGUCCUCAGUCUUACACCAGCCAGCCUUACCUGAGUCCCUCACUCAGCCCUCUCCCACCCGCCUGCCUCAGCCCCAAACCAGGCCUCGGGGGUCAGUCACAGAGGAGCCCCUCACCCGUGUGUCCAACACAGAGCCAAGUGCAGCCGGAGAAGCCGGCAGGAGAGAACAAUGACUUCAGGGUGUACAUCGUCACAUGGAACGUGGGCUCCGCUGUCCCGCCGGAUGACAUCACCUCCCUGUUCGGACCAAAUGUUUCAGAUGGGAGCGUCGACAUGUUUAUCAUCGGACUCCAGGAGGUGAACUCCAUGAUCAACAAGAGGCUGAAGGAUGCUCUUUUCUCGGACCAGUGGAGCGAGCUGUGCAUGGACACACUCAGCCCUUUUGGAUACGUUCUGGUGGCGUCCCAGCGAAUGCAGGGAGUGCUGCUGCUCGUUUUCUCUAAAGUCUGCCAUCUUCCGUUCCUCAGAGGCGUGCAGACAGAGAGCACACGCACAGGACUUGGGGGAUACUGGGGGAAUAAAGGGGGUGUCAGUGCGAGGAUGACGGUGUUCGGACACCCACUGUGCUUCCUCAACUGUCACCUGCCUGCUCACAUGAGGAACCUGGAGCAGCGGAUGGAGGACUUUGAGAGCAUCCUGCAGCAGCAGCAGUUUGAAGGCGGCAAUGCCACGGGUGUACUGGACCACGAUGUGGUGUUUUGGUUUGGAGAUCUAAAUUUCCGUAUCGAAGACUACGACAUCCAUGUGGUGAAAUGUGCCAUCGACAGCAACAAGCUGCCUCUUCUGUGGGAGCGCGAUCAGCUCAACAUGGCUAAAAACACAGAGUCCAUCCUGGAGGGCUUCAUAGAGGGGCCACUCAAAUUCCCACCGACCUAUAAGUUUGACGUGGGCACUCAUACGUACGACACCAGUACGAAGAAGAGGAAACCUGCCUGGACGGAUCGCAUCCUCUGGCGCCUCCGACGCACCGGCUCCCCGGUCCCUUCCCACAAUGCAGCACUACAGCGGGGUCUGACCUCGUGGCUCGGUGGGGCAACCAAAGUGACGCAGCACACGUACCGAAGUCACAUGGGCUACACCAUCAGCGACCACAAGCCCGUUUCUGCCCUGUUCUCCCUGCAUUUCCCAUUCAAGGUGGCUGUGCCCCUGGUGGAGCUGCAGGUCAAUAAGGAGUGGUGUAAAGUCUCCGAUGCUACAGUCAGAUUCACAUAUGCAUCGACUUAUCAGCGCAGCUCGUGGGACUGGGUAGCAAUAUAUAAGGUCAGAUUCAGACAUCACAAAGACUACCAGGCCUACGUGUGGGCCAAGGGAGAGCAUACAUCACAGGUGACAUUUUCAGAGGAAGAUUUGCCCCGAGACGAUAGUGAAUACCUCAUGGGUUACUACAGCAAUAAUAUGAACACUAUCGUUGGAUUGUCAACACCCGUUCAGAUCAAGAUACCAGUCCACAGUCCCACCAUGCUUCGCUCCGACAGCUCUGAUGUCAGCUCAGAGGAUGACAGCACCCUUGUCCUGCUGGUUCCAAACUCCCGUAGCCCGAGUCCUAAAACAGGAAAAGCCCAUCAUCGCCACCGGCGCAGCCGCAGCCCGGCGGUCCCGACUCUCUCCUCCAACCCCCUCCCCUCCUUACAGGGCCUCAGCCUCUGCCCUCGCUCCAAAGACGGACAGACGCCAAGCCGCUCACCCUGCUCCGCUGCUAAGAAGGAACGGCUGGUGUCCCCCAACACUGUGCAGUCUCCGUCCAUCAGCCCGCUCAGUCCUCGCAGUCCUCGCAGUCCUGUGUCUCCAGGUAGUGGAGUGACUGCACCAGAGGCCCUCAUCGCUGCCAUCUUAGGUGAACACAGACCAGCUCAGGUUAGCCCCACAGGGGUCAAAUACAUCGGGAAGGCCGGGGAAACGGACACUGCGUAGAAAUAAAAAUCAGUUACUAAAAGCAGGUACAGUCUGAUCUGACCCCACACUGUCUCUGUGCUCGUAGAAGCAGCACAUUCAAUGACUCCUAACGUAGUUUGCAAACAUUCCACAUCGUAGCCCUGCAGUUCUGUCUCUGAAUCGACCAUCAUCUCAUACACUGUGUGUAUCUCGGACUGGAAGCUGAGCCCAGACGCCCGAAGACAACAAGUGCUUUUAUAGACUCAUAAGCUAUAUCAUACGUAAACAACAUAUUGAAUGUGAAACCAGAGUAAACCUGUGAUGGAUGUGAGCGGUUAUUAUCGACAGCAAUAUGGAUCUUUGUAAACUGUCUUCUAUCAAACUGACGACUCCGGACCAGAAACACUGACGGUAUCAUGGUUCACCGUGGAGGGAGAGUGUGUGUGUUUGUGUGUCUGUGGGUUUGUGUAGGUUUUUGUGUUGAAACAUAAAUGUGUGAAUUAUGCAUUUUGGACCAAAUGGUGGUUUAAACAUUUUAACUCUAUAGUUUUCGGUCUGUAUUCAUGAAAUGAAUCUCUCAUGAAUUGCGAUAGAGCAUUUUACCAACUCAAUCCACCUGAAGUGUUCAUGUGACUAAGUGACUUCAACAAUAAUCCUGCAUCAAUGCUCUUAUUCUUAGCAGCUUUGUGAAUACAGCCCCUGUUCUAUAGAGCUCAGUGAGUGGAUGUUUAGACCAAUGUGGUUUGUUUGCUUCAAGGAAAACACUGUUAUUUAUCUGUGUGAGUGUGCAAAUAAAACAAAACAAAAAACAGAACAAGUGGUGAAAUGUAAACACAAAAAAGUGCUAUCUGUUUGUUUGUGCAUGUGUGCAGAGGUGAGGAGGGCACAUGGGGGAGUCACGAAUUGGACGAGGUUAGACUGGAUUUGAUCAAAUGAAAAACAAAAAGUAAUUUCAUUUUAACAUCAGAUACAAACUUCAUUUUAACAUCCAGCCUCUUUGUGUGCAGCAAAUCAAAUUUCUAUUUUUUUAAUGGCACCUAAGGACAUCAUAGCAAAAAACAAAGAAAACAUACUGUGCUUGUGAAUUGUGACUAAACACUGAUAUUGACGAACCUCUGCACAUGUGUAUAACCAACGUGUUGCACUGCAAAGGUCAGUGUUGUCAAAAUCGAGCUUUGAUACAGGACGACAACAGAUGGAAAUUAGUCAUAUACUGAUAAAGUUUAAUAGUGACAAUACCAAGAAAAAGAUCCAGUAUCCAGUUUUCAAAUAGAACCAACAAAACUAAAUCCAAUUAAUAUAGACAAAGAAGCUCUUGAGGUUUUCACAGAGACGAGUGUACACAGCUUAAGGUUCGUCCUGAUGUUUGUGAUCAAGUUAAUCUCUUUUGGAUUAGCAAGCACAUCUAAAACCAGAGAGAGACGCUGGCGAGGGUGAAAUAAGCUGCACAUUCCCAUGAGUAUUAGGUUUAAUCAGAUGGGCCGACGAGUGAGGCACCUGAUGCCAACAGUAAAGUAAAGGAGCUCCCUUUUUGUGUUCACUAUUUCUAUGAAUGAUUUUUAAAUUGCACAUUGGCUGCAGAAAGUUGAAGUCAAGCCCGAACCAUCAUUGCAGAUCCACAACUACCACUGACUCCAAACACUUUCCCUUGGACGGCUUCAUUUCUAUGAUACAGUGAUUGUGGAUAUGAUGAUAUUUAUAUAUAUAUUAUGUUUUGUUUGGAGAAGGUUAUUCCAGUAGGAAAUUCUUAUCGUUUGUUUUUCAUUUUUCUUUUUUGUGACAUAUGCUUCAUACUUUCCAUUCCUUCACGCCAAAAUAUUUCCAUAAGUUAGUACUAGAUACUAUUUCCCCCUCAGGUCAACGAUGAUCCUUAAGGUAACUGAUGUACUCAUACUUAAACCCGCUCAGGUGACGGAAAAUCCUCAAAUGAUCUUCGCCUUCUAAAAAUCCUUGAGUCAAUACUGCAUGUAUUCAUGUCUUCAAGCCUUUAAGAAAUUUGAAAGAAAAAUACUGUGUCGUGGAAAUUUACCAUGAGAUUUGAAAUAAAGAGUUUCUCAGA